GAGGAGUCUCGGCAGAUCCUCUGCUCACGCGGGCGUGGAGAAACCGGUGCCCGCCGGCGGCUGCAGGUCUUUGAGUGCUAGCUUGGGGAGCGCUGAGGCUGGCCAGGGGAUCACCUACGGACGAUUUCACCGUCUCCAGAUGUUAGGAGAUCCAUGGCUUAAGUAAAUUGACCACUACCAAGAAAACAGACAGAAAACUUCAUCGCAAACAUAACGUUAUUUGGAGCUGAAAUGGAACAAGCAUUUGGUGAGCCAAUGAGAGACCAGGUCACACGGACACAUUUGACAGAAGACAUUCCAAAUGCCAGUAAGUGCACAGUGAUUGGAGGCUCUGGAUUCCUGGGGCAGCACAUGGUGGAGCAGUUGCUGGCAAGAGGCUACGCUGUCAAUGUAUUUGAUAUACGGCAAGGGUUUGACAAUCCCCAGGUGCACUUCUUUCUGGGUGACCUCUGCAACCAACAGGAUCUCUACCCAGCUCUGAAAGGUGUAAGCACGGUUUUCCACUGUGCAUCACCCCCACCAUCCAGUAACAACAAGGAACUCUUUUAUAGAGUGAAUUACAUUGGCACCAAGAAUGUCAUUGAAACUUGCAAAGAGGCUGGGGUUCAGAAACUCAUUUUAACCAGCAGUGCUAGUGUCGUCUUUGAGGGUGUCAACAUCAAGAAUGGAACUGAAGACCUCCCUUAUGCUAUGAAACCCAUUGACUAUUACACGGAGACAAAAAUCUUACAGGAGAGAGCAGUCCUGGACGCCAAUGAUCCUGAGAGGAAUUUUUUAACCAUAGCCAUCCGCCCUCAUGGCAUUUUUGGCCCAAAGGACCCCCAGUUGGUCCCCAUCCUCAUUGAGGCAGCCAAGAAAGGCAAGAUGAAGUUUGUGAUUGGAAAUGGGGAGAACCUGGUGGACUUCACCUUCGUGGAGAAUGUGGUGCAUGGACACAUCCUGGCUGCAGAGCACCUCUCCCGAGAUGCGGCCAUCAGUGGGAAGGCAUUUCACAUCACCAAUGACGAGCCCAUCCCUUUCUGGACAUUCCUGUCUCGUAUCCUGACAGGCCUCAACUAUGAGGCCCCCAAGUACCACAUCCCGUACUGGGUGGCCUACUACCUGGCUCUUCUGCUGUCCCUCCUGGUGAUGGUGAUCAGUCCUAUCAUCUGUGUCCAGCCCACUUUCACACCAAUGCGGGUUGCACUGGCCGGCACAUUCCACUAUUACAGCUGUGAGAGAGCCAAACAGGUCAUGGGCUACCGGCCCCUGGUCACCAUGGAUGAUGCCAUAGAAAGGACUAUACAGGGCUUUCACCACCUGCGGAAGGUCAAGUGAGGCACCCCGGAUACUGGGCCCUCUCAGUGCAUUCCCCACCCACUAACUGUCCCCUGUGGAUCAAUAAACUAACCUCCUUCAAGUGAGUUUUCUCUGAGCUUAGGUCUCCUCCUGCCAUUUAGAUGAGACCACACCCAGCUCUUCUGCGACCACAAGGGUGGAGAAAGCAACAGACAUUUCUCCCUUUGUAGGAUUGGAUUUGAAUUUCUUAAAGCAGGCAGCUUCAUA